GGGCGCUCCGGGCAACAGAAAGGGGCAGAGGCGACGGAGGAGGCGGGAGCUCCAGGGAGAGACGGAGCCGUCGGGGAAGACGAAGGAAGGCGUCCGCGGGACCAGCGGGAUCACCUGCCGCCAAGCAGGCGGAGAGGCAGGAGACAAAGGGGGACACCCCCUUUUGCACACGUGCAACCCAAGGCUUGUUCUGCUCCCGAAAACAGCCAUCGCUGCCAACACCUGAGAAAUUCUGCCGCAGGAAGGGGCUGUUGGUUGAAGCUCCCUUAGCUCUGCCUGGGACUUGGCUGGGUCUUGGAAGGCACUCGCCUCCUGUUGGCGAAUGGAGGACAGCGCCCUCUGCCCAUUUCACUUCCCCUGUGGCAUCUUUUGAGCCAACGCCAUCCUAGAUCACUAUGGAUCCACCAGCAAUUACUGGAGAAGACAGAAGCUCGCCAGAGCCCAAAAUGACCCUGAAGAGGUACUUUGUGAAGGCUCUCCAUCGCCUCCAGAAGGGUCCCGGCUACACCUACAAAGAGCUGCUGGUCUGGUACUGCGAUAACACCAACACCCAUGGGCCCAAGCGCAUCAUCCGCGAGGGACCCAAGAAGAAAGUCAUCUGGUUCUUACUGACCCUGCUCUUUGCCUCCCUGGUCUUCUGGAACUGGGGAUCCCUCAUCUUAACAUACCUGAGCUACGGUGUCUCAGCCUCCCUUGCCAUUGGCUUCAAGACCAUGACCUUCCCUGCCGUCACCAUCUGCAAUGCAAGCCCAUACAGAUAUUCCAAAGCAAAGCCUGACUUGCAGGAGUUGGACAACCUCAUUGAGGCCGCCCUUGACCGAAUCCUGAAGCCUCCCAACGAGAACAUGACUGUGUCUACCCCAGAAAACUCUAGCCAGGAGCUGAACAUGCAGCUGUGGAACCAGAUCCCCCUGAUGCUCAUUGAUGAAAGCAACGAGACUCAUCCAGUCAUCUAUGACAUCCUCGGAAACCACUCCUCUUUUGCAAACCUAGAUGGCAAGAGCUGCAAGCUGGCCUUAAAGCUGUGCACCGAUAACGGCACCAGUUGCACCUACCGGAACUUCACCAGCGCAGCCCAGGCAGUGACCGAGUGGUACGUCUUGCAGUCCACCAGCAUCUUGUCCCAGAAGACAGAGAGGCAAAGGAUUGAGAUGGGCUACAAGGCAGAGGAGAUGAUCCUGGCCUGUCUGUUUGGAGCAGAGCCUUGCAAUUACAAGAACUUCACCCACCUCUACCACCCGGACCACGGCAACUGCUACAUCUUCAACUGGGGCAUGGAGAAGAAGCCACUCAUCUCUUCCAAUCCUGGCGCAGAGUUUGGGCUGAAGCUGAUCCUGGACAUCAGCCAAGACGACUACAUCCCCUACCUCACCUCGACGGCCGGGGCCUGGCUGAUGCUGCAUGAGCAGAAGACCUUCCCUUUCCUGAAGGAUCAGGGCAUCUAUGCUAUGUCUGGGACGGAGACCUCCAUUGGCGUCUUAGUGGAUGAACUUGUGCGGAUGGGAGCUCCUUACAGCGAUUGCACAGUGAACGGGUCAGACAUCCCUAUAAAGAAUCUGUAUCAAGACUAUCCUACUUUCCAGGAGGAAACAGUGCCGACUGAGCCCUGCUCCAACUGCACCAUGGAAGACCGCAAGGAGAGCUCCACAGGAGGGGUCUACAGGACAACCUACUCCAUCCAGGCUUGCCUACGUUCCUGCUUCCAAGAUCAGGUGGUGAAGGCCUGUAACUGCUGCCACUACUCCUUCCCUAGGGCCCAAGGGAAGCCUUACUGCAACAAUCGGGAGUUUCCAGACUGGGCAUAUUGCUUCUCUGAGCUGCGCAACCGACUGGAGAUCCGUCAGACCUGCAUCGAGUCUUGCAAGGAGACCUGCAACAACACCCAGUACAAGAUGACUAUCUCCAUGGCUGACUGGCCUUCUGAAGCUUCUGAGAACUGGAUAUUCCAUAUUUUAUCCUAUGAAAGAAAUAAGUCGCGCACGAUCACUGUGGACAAGAGUGGAAUCAUCAAGCUCAACAUCUAUUUCCAAGAGUACAACUACCGAACCAUUGUGGAGACAGCAGGGACAACUGUUGUCUGGCUUCUCUCAAGCCUGGGUGGCCAGUUUGGCUUCUGGAUGGGAGGCUCUGUGCUGUGCAUCAUUGAGUUUGGAGAGAUCCUCAUCGACUUUGUCUGGAUCACUAUCCUGAAGCUGAUAGGCUGGUUCAAGGGGCUGAAGAGGAAGCCCAGCCAGCCCCCGAAGCGGGACGCUCUUCCCACCGUGUCCGAGAGGGUGGAGGCUCACACCAACCAGGGCUUCCAAGGGGAGGAGGAGGAGGGAGCCGAUGACAAUCCUGGGGACGACGAAUUUGCCGCAGAUGGCGAGGCUGGGUCUGAACCAGGAACGCCACCUCCCAAGUACGACUCCCUCCGUGUGUCGGACAUGGAUGUCAUGGAGAUGGAUAGCGAUGGGGAAGCAGAUCCAACUAAAGCUUAAUGCCCAGCCGAUGUGGAGCCAAGAAACCCCACUCUGUCCUCCAAGGGAGCUUUGUAGAAUUGCAGAAUGGAAGGGACCUAAAGGGUCUUCUAGUCCAUGCAGGAAUGCCCGCCCAGGCAGCCUACUCCUUCUCCCUCAGCUCCUUGCAGCGUGGGACAUUUGGGAAUUUAA